CAGAAGCUGCCCGCCUCGAUCAAAAUCAAAUAACAUCUCAAUCCCCAUUUUCCCGCCAAAACCCCACCCAUAAAACCCCAAUCGGAUAUUCUACGCACGAAUUCUCUGAUGUUCGCCGGCGAAAAAAACCCAAAAAUGGUCAUACUGAAAAAACCUAAAUCGACCAGCUCCAACAAUAACGUGUAUCACAUCGGUGGCAUUCAGGUGGCGUUCCCGCACCAGCCCUAUGGUACGCAGUUCGCUUUCAUGGGCAGGGUCAUAUCGACGCUCGAUCGGGCAACGAAAGACGGCCACUGUCACGCGUUGCUCGAGUCACCCACUGGCACUGGGAAGACGCUGUCCCUGCUGUGUUCGGCUCUGGCGUGGCUGAAGAAUUACCAGGUGAAGAAUCAGUAUGCCAAUCUCUCUAACUCGAAGCCCAAUCCAGAGUCAAUAACCGAUCCCUUGAACCAUGGAGGCGGAUUUAUCCCUGAAUCGCAACCUCCAAGUUUUGCAGCGCCUGUGAAUUUAGAAACAGGGAAUCCUGCACCCAACAACAAAACUCAGAAGAAAAAGAAUGCACCCACAAUAUACUACUCAUCGAGGACUCAUUCGCAACUUUCUCAAGUAAUCCGUGAAUACAAAAAAACUUCUUAUCGAGUGCCAAUGGCAGUUUUGGCUUCCCGAAAACACUACUGCACAAAUGCACUCGUAUACGGGAAAGACAACAUUGAUGAAGAAUGUAAGCUGCUUCUGAGAGAGAAUGAUCUUGGAUGCUCUCAUUUCAAAAAUGUACACAAACUCAAAGGUCAUCCAUCACUCAGGAAAGGAGGUAUCCAUGAGGUCCAUGAUAUUGAAGAUCUUCUUAAAGUUGGACAAGUCGUCGAAGGUUGUCCAUAUUAUGCUGCACGUUCCAUGGCAGAGGAAGCACAGUUGGUUUUCUGCCCAUACAAUUACGUUAUUAAUCCAGUCAUUCGAGGAGCAAUGGAAGUAGAUAUUGAAGGAGCCAUUGUUAUCCUUGAUGAAGCCCACAAUAUUGAAGACAUUGCUCGUGAUGCUGGUAGUAUGGAUCUCGAUGAAGAUGUUUUGAACAAAUUGCAGAUGGAACUUGAGCAACUUUCCUUAUCCGAUGCUACAGUUUACCAGCCACUGUUUGAUAUGGCGGAGGGCCUUGUAAGUUGGAUUGAACUCAGGAAAAACACACUCGAGAAACGUGAAUUUCAGCAUUACUGUUCUUGUUGGACUGGUGAUAAGGCUUUGAAAGAGCUCCAAGAAGCUAACAUAUCACAAAAUUGCUUUCCCAUCUUGCUUGAUUGUGCCACAAAGGCAAUCAAAGCUGCAACAGAUACGGAAUCAGUUGAGGCUCAUUUAAGUGGUUUCGCAGUAACCGUGUUGGAAGGGUUGUUCUCUUCUCUUACUUAUUUCUUCUCGCGAAAUGGGAGUCAUACGUCUGACUAUCAGCUUGCUUUGCAACGAUAUGUUAAAAGGGAAGCUAAAAAUGUUGGCGGCGGCUGGACACAUACUAUAAGUUUGUGGUGCUUGAAUCCAGCUGUUGUUUUCAAGGAUAUCACAAACCUUUCCCUGUCUGUCAUUUUAACAUCUGGGACUCUGUCACCAAUGACUUCCUUUUCAUCUGAGCUUGGAGUUCAGUUUGGAACUUGUAUGGAGGCUCCUCAUGUAAUUGAUGUUGAAUCACAGGUCUUCACUUCUAUAAUCACCACAGGUCUGGGUAAUUACCCAUUGAAUGCAAGUUACAAAACAGCAGAUGGAUAUGCUUUUCAGGAUGCCCUUGGAAAAUCUUUAGAGGAAAUCUGCAAAAUCGUUCCAAGUGGUGCUCUUGUGUUCUUCCCAAGUUAUAAGCUGAUGGAAAAACUAUGUAACCGAUGGCGUGCAACAGGCCAAUGGUCCAAAUUAAAUGCAAGAAAAUCCCUUUUUGUUGAGUCAAGGGGAGGAAGUCAGGAAGAUUUUGAGGACACGUUAAGGGGUUAUUAUGCCUCACUACAUAAAAGUAAUAAACCUGCUGUUAGGAGAAGAAAGGUUAAGAAGAUGGACCCUGAUCACCCUGAUGCAAUUGAGUCGACCGAAAACACCACAAAAGAUGGAGCCGGUUUCCUUGCAGUUUGCCGAGGAAAGGUCUCAGAAGGAAUUGAUUUUUCUGAUGAUAAUGCUCGAGUUGUUAUAAUUGUUGGCAUUCCAUUUCCAAACAUAAAUGACAUUCAAGUCGCUCUAAAGAAAAGGUACAAUGAUACAUACAAGACAUCCAAAAACCUGCUUAGUGGAAGCGAAUGGUAUUGCCAACAAGCCUUCCGAGCUUUAAAUCAAGCUGCAGGACGUUGUAUACGACAUAGGUUUGACUAUGGAGCUAUCAUCUUACUAGAUGAGCGAUUCCAGGAGGAGAGAAAUAGAAUAUACAUUUCAAAAUGGCUUAGGAAAUCUAUUCAAGAAUUUGAAAGCUUUGAAACAUCGCUAGAGAAACUGAAAUCCUUUUUCUGUGAUAUCAAGGAAAGGAUUGGGAAGAAAAUGGCCGAUUUGUCACCACAUUCAGACAAGAGCAAGGGCAAAAAGGCUUUGAAGGAUCAAAGUUAUGGGCUGACAGAAAACAAAAUACUUAAAACAAACAAGCCCGAUCACUUUGAGCAGAAUCUAGGUUCUGUGGCAAACUGUAACGGCACUCGUUCCCAGUUAAAUUCUCAAACUGAUCUCGAAGCUUGGGGACAUGUGCUAAUAGAUGAGGACAGUGACAGAGAAUGUGUUGAACUGGAAAGCAUGGCUCAGAAAGAUAUGAGGACGGCUGAUUCAUUAUCUAUGGAAUUUUCCCAUGAAGUUCUAGAAAUAUCUACCGUCAAAGAAACCCCUGUUAUGGAUGGCAGUAUAACAAUGGCUAGUUUGGGAUCCUUAUCGAGGAAUGGUCACUGUAAUUCAAUGUCAACUCAAGUCAACACCAAAUACAAAGAUGAAGUAGCAUCUCGUUCCAUGUAUUUAGAAAACCAAACUAAGGCUCCCCACAGAGCCCAGCGUUCAGCAGAAGUCACUCCUGAGAAGGAAUCAACUGGAAUUACCAGCAUCCUGACAGUGGAUGUGGAGUCAUCUUUCAAUUUGAGUACUAAUUCUCAUACCCAGAAAAGAAGAAAGUUCAUUAACUCAACAUUGGUGGACCUUACUGGAGAACAGCCUGAUGGUCUUGAUACCCAAACCUGUUGCCGUACUGGUGUCUUAAAAAGCUCAAUGGCCAACGGAGAUAUUACUCGCAGAAUUGAAUUUGGCUUUGAAGACUCUGGUUCCAGACACCAAUUUGCCAAGUCCAAUUCACCUGGAUCACCCUUGUUAAAUAGUUCAGUUGUUUCAUCUUCGUCUUCUGGCCUUUUCACUGACAGGAUGCUACAAUUUUCCUGCUCACUCUGUAGAAGCCCCUUGGGUCUUCCAGAGAACAAUCUAUAUGUUAGAUGCUCAAUAACUUCAACAUCAAAAGUUCACUUGGUUACCCUUGUGAAAGAAAGAUCUGAACAUCAUGAUGUGAAUACCUCAACAUGUAUACCUGUAGUUAUGGCUGAUAUAUCCUUAGUUGAUCGGCGUCUAUUCCUAAAAAACCUGCAAGGUCAUCCAGGACAGGGUGUUUGGUGUCAAGAAGACGGGUGCGUUUUUAGUACCAUCUUUUGCCCCUUCUGCAGUACCACCAGAAACAGUCUUGGUGUACAGAUCAUGGCAACUGAUGCAUCAAAUGUUCAAUUGCUUAACAAGAUAUUAUUCUUCUUUGAUUGUUUGGAAAUACAUAAUCUUGAAGGAUCACAGGAAAAGGCACCAAACCAGAAGGAGACAUUGCAAGCUAAUGGCUCGGGAAUGGAUAGAGCUCCCAUUUUAGAUUACAUCGAUCAAUAUUCAUAUUCCCCACAACAAACCGUGGGACACUGGAGGACUACAAAAUCAAAGCUGAGACUACCAAAGCGAAGUUGAGAGGAUUGGAAUCAAAAUGGAGGAGCGGUGGUAAAUAUCUCAAUGCUGUUGCCCAUGUAGUCAAUCUGAUGUAUUGAGUGGUUCUGCAGAAUUUACUGAUGGAAAAUAUCAUAAAGCUAUCACUCUUAUAAUUCAAAGUGAGUUUUUGGGCUGCUGUCUCUUAAUAUGUACCAAAGCUCUGGCCAGGCGUGGAAGUGGAAUGGUUUGCAGUCUUUCACAGCCAACGAGAAUGUAACUAUUAGAAAAUCAAACAUUGAUCCACAUAGUUUUGUUUUUGUAUAUUCUGAUUCUUCAUCUGGUAAAAUGAAGUUUUUAUCAAAAAAAAAAA